ACAAAUAUACGUGAUGAUAACUGAAGUUUUUAUUUGUAAUUUAAGUUUUAAAAGUGAUUAUAAGUAUUUUUUAAUUGUGUUGUUAAAUAUUAAAUGAAAAUGCCCUCCUCAGCAGAUAAAGAAUCUUUUCAAAUAAUAUUUACCGACGAAGAUCUUCCUUAUGAAGAAGAAAUUUUAAGAAAUCCAUUUUCAGUAAAACAUUGGCUUCGUUAUAUAGAUCAUAAGAAGAAUGCACCAAAAAAUGGAGUAAAUAUUAUAUAUGAAAGGGCUCUAAAAGAAUUACCUGGAUCUUACAAGUUGUGGUACAAUUAUUUGAGAAUCAGAAGGCAACAAGUUAAGAAAAAGUGCAUUACAGAUCCACUGUAUGAAGAAGUAAACAAUGCUUUUGAAAGAGCUUUAGUUUUUAUGCAUAAGAUGCCUAGAAUUUGGAUGGACUAUUGUACAUUUCUAACUGAUCAAUGUAAAAUUACCAGGACUAGGCAUGUUUUUGACAGAGCACUUAGAGCACUCCCCAUUACUCAACAUCAUCGAAUAUGGCCUCUGUAUUUAUCAUUUGUUAAAAAGCAUAACAUUGCAGAAACUGCUACUAGAGUUUUUAGAAGAUACUUAAAAUUAUUUCCAGAAAAUGCUGAAGAGUACAUUGAGUAUCUUACAGAGGUUGAUAGAUUAGAUGAAUCAGCAGUUAUUUUAGCUAAAAUAGUAAACGAUGAGAACUUCGUAUCACAGCAUGGCAAAUCUAACCAUCAGCUUUGGAACGAACUUUGUGAUCUUAUAUCAAAAAAUCCUGAUAAAGUUCAUUCUCUAAACGUUGAUGCAAUCAUAAGAGGUGGUUUGAGAAGAUAUACUGAUCAAUUAGGACACUUGUGGAAUUCUUUGGCUGAUUAUUACGUCCGUAGCGGCUUAUUUGACCGCGCCAGGGACAUAUAUGAGGAAGCAAUACAAACAGUUACCACUGUUAGAGACUUUACUCAAGUUUUUGAUGCUUAUGCACAAUUUGAAGAAUUAAGUUUGAGUAAAAGAAUGGAAGAGGUAGCUAAAAUGUCCAGUCCAACAGAAGAUGAUGACAUCGAUUUAGAACUACGUUUGGCAAGAUUUGAAUACUUAAUGGACAGGCGUUUACUCUUAUUAAAUUCCGUAUUAUUACGACAAAAUCCACACAAUGUGCAAGAAUGGCACAAAAGAGUUCAGUUGUAUGAAGGAAAGCCUCAUGAGAUAAUAAAUACAUACACUGAAGCAGUACAAACAGUGGAACCAAAAUUAGCAGUGGGAAAGCUCCACACAUUGUGGGUGGAAUUUGCUAAAUUUUAUGAGAAAAAUGGUCAAACAGAAGAUGCGCGCCUGAUUUUUGAAAAGGCCACUUUAGUACCUUUCAUUAAAGUCGACGAUUUAGCUACAGUAUGGUGUGAAUGGGCAGAAAUGGAAAUCAGAAACGAAAAUUACGAAGACGCGUUAAAGCUGAUGCAUAAGGCAACUGUUAUACCAAGCAAGAAAAUUAGUUAUCACGAUGAAUCCGAAACUGUACAAGCAAGGCUUUACAAAUCAUUAAAGCUCUGGUCUAUGUACGCAGAUCUGGAAGAAAGUUUUGGAACUUUUAAGUCAUGCAAAGCCGUAUACGAUCGUAUUUUAGACCUCAGAAUUGCUACUCCUCAAAUAAUAAUAAAUUACGGCUUGUUUUUAGAAGAGCACAACUAUUUUGAGGAAGCGUUUAGAGCAUAUGAAAAGGGUAUAUCACUUUUUAAAUGGCCAAACGUGUACGAUAUUUGGAAUACGUAUUUAACAAAGUUUUUAAAACGUUAUGGGGGAUCAAAACUUGAAAGAGCAAGAGAUUUGUUUGAACAGUGUUUGGAAAACUGUCCAAGCAAGUUUGCCAAAUCAAUAUAUCUGUUGUAUGCCAAAUUAGAAGAAGAACAUGGAAUGGCUAGACAUGCCAUGGCUGUUUAUGAGCGAGCCACUCAAGCUGUACCUCAAGAAGAAAUGUUUGAAAUAUUCAAUAUUUACAUUAAAAAAGCCGCCGAAAUAUAUGGAAUACCGAAAACCAGGCAAAUCUACGAAAAGGCCAUCGAGGUCCUUCAAGAAGAUAAAACAAGGGAAAUGUGUCUACGAUUUGCCGAAAUGGAAACUAAACUUGGAGAAAUUGAUAGAGCAAGAGCUAUUUACGCCCAUUGUAGUCAAAUUUGUGAUCCUCGAGUUACUAUCGAAUUUUGGCAAACAUGGAAAGAAUUCGAAAUUCGGCAUGGCAAUGAAGACACCAUGAGGGAGAUGCUAAGAAUCAAACGUAGCGUGCAGGCGACGUACAAUACACAAGUAAAUAUGAUGUCCGCCCAAAUGCUUGGUUCAGCUACUAGCACUGCUGGAACUAUAGCCGACUUAGCUCCGGGAGCGAAAGACGAUAUGCGACUUCUUGAAGCAAAAGCGUUUGAAAUGUCUGGAUCAUCUGCUACUAAAUCUGGAAACAUUAUGUUUGUAAGAGGAAAUACUCAAGGUGAUGGUGGUGAAAGUGCCGAUAAAGUCGUUAAUCCUGAUGAAAUUAACAUAGAUGACGAAGAACAGAGUGAGGACGUUAUAAUUGAAAAGCAGAAUGUUCCAGUUGAAGUAUUUGGAAACCUAAGGAAAGAGUCUGAUGAAGAAGAAGAAAUGUAAUUAAGUUGUAAUUUUAUCGGUCGCCUCCAGCGUAGCUCUGCUGGGAGUCCUUGCCAAGUAUAUGCGACGAAAAAGACAAAUUGUGGAUCCC